AUGUUCAACUUCAACUUUAACUACCAGGAUGCAGACCGUACCUUCAAUGCUACCUACAAAUGCUACUCAGUCUCAAUGCUGCCUGAUGAGCGUUUGGAUCUGGAAAAGGGCGGCAAGAUCAUCAUGCCGCCCUCUGCGCUGCACACCCUCACUCGACUAAACACCACCUAUCCGAUGCUAUUCAAGCUGACCAACACCGACAAGAAACGUAGCACGCACUGCGGUGUGCUGGAGUUCAUUGCCGAGGAGGGCAAGGUGUACCUCCCCUACUGGAUGAUGCGAAAUCUGCUUCUGGACGAGGGCAUGAUGAUCCAGGUGCAGAGCGCUUCAGUGCCCGUCGCCACCUACUCCAAGUUUCAACCGCAAAGUGUGGACUUUCUCGACAUUUCAAAUCCCAAGGCGGUUCUCGAGAAUGGCCUUCGCAACUUUGCCUGUCUCACCACGGGCGACGUCAUUGCCAUCAACUACAAUAGCAAAGUCUACGAGCUGUGCGUGCUCGAAACGCGACCUGGAAAUGCCGUCAGCAUCAUCGAGUGCGACAUGAACGUCGACUUUGAAGCUCCCGUCGGCUACAAGGAGCCGGAGCGUAAACCGAAAAACGACCCCGAAAAUGCUGAAAACGCCGCCGAAGACGCGCACCUAAUGAAGGACUCCUCAAAUGCCUUCAGUGCUUUCAGCGGGCAGGGUAAUCGCUUGGACGGAAAAGCGCCUAAGCUUGAUGCGGACAGUGCAUCUAGGCCAUUGGCGCGCGAGUAUCGUCGUGGCAUUCCCGACUACGACUACAAAAUAGGGACCAUCAAGUUUUGGCGGGUUUUUCGACCAGUUCAACCUAAGGUGGCUGAAAAGGAGGACUACUUUAAAGCCUUUCAAGGACAAGGUCAGACGUUGGUUCCAAAGAAGAAGUAA